GGACCUUCCUAGGGGGAAUAGUAUCUCAAUCGAAUUGUCACAUGGAAUAGAACGUUCUACCGUUUCAAUCAUUAUCUUCUCCAAAGAUUAUGCUGGCUCUAGAUGGUGCCUCGACGAGCUCUCAAAAAUCAUGGAGCUUCGCAGAGCACAGGGUCAAGUAGUUCUGCCUGUGUUCUAUGGCGUGGAUCCGUCAGAAGUUCGCAAUCAAGGCUCAAGUUUAAGAGAAGCGUUUCGAGAUCUUAUACAAAGAAGUUCACCCACAGAACAUGAAGUGUCGAGGUGGAGGACAGAUCUCCGUGAAGCUGGCGGCAUUGCCGGAUUUGUUGUGCUCAAUUCCAAGAAUGAAAGUGAGGAUAUCAAAAAUAUUGUUGAGCAUGUUUGUAAAAUAUUGGACAAGAAAGACUUGUUUAUUGCUAACCAUCCUGUGGGAGUGGACUCUCGUUUGCAAGAUUUGAUUGAAGAAUCAAAAAGACAUUCAAUAAAUGAUGUUCUCCUGCUAGGGAUAUGGGGGAUGGGCGGCGAGGGUAAAACAACCAUUGCCAAAGGCAUCUAUAAUAAAAUUGGUCGAACAUUUGAGAGCAGAAGUUUUCUUUCAAACAUUAGGGAAGUUUGGGGGCGAGAUAAUGGUCCAGUUAACUUACAGCAACAGCUUCUUUCAGAAAUCUGUAAAACGACAAUGAUGGAAAUACGUAGCAUUGAUUCAGGGAAAAUCAUAUUAAAGGAAUCUCUUUGCCAUAAGAGAGCACUUGUUGUACUUGAUGAUGUGAAUGAGGAUGGGCAACUGAAUGCUUUAGUUGGAAGUCGUGAAUGGUUUGGUCCUGGAAGCAGGAUCAUCAUCACUACAAGAGAUAAGCGUCCGCUCGACCUUCUUAAAGUGGAUCAUGUACAUAAAAUAAGGAACAUGGACAAAAGUGAAUCUAUUAAGCUUUUUAGUUGGCAUGCAUUUAAGCAACCACGUCCUAAAAAAGGAUUCAUUGACCUUUCGAGAAAUAUAGUUGCUUAUUGUGGAGGACUACCACUAGCCCUUGAAAUCCUUGGCUCCUAUUUAUUUGAUAGGGAAGAGAAAGUGUGGAGAAGUGUACUGGAGAAACUAAAAAGAAUCCCCAAUGGUGAGAUACAAAAGAAGCUAAAAAUAAGCUUUGAUGGUUUAAGUGAUGAUAUGAUGAAAGAAAUCUUCCUUGAUAUAUCUUGUUUCUUUAUUGGGAUGGAUAGGGGUGAUGUGACACAGAUAUUGGAUGGUAGCGGACUUUUUCCAGACAUUGGAAUAAGUGUCCUUGUGGAGCGGAGCCUUGUAACUAUUGAUGAGAAUAACAAGCUUGGCAUGCAUGAUUUGCUGCAAGACAUGGGGAGAGAGGUAGUUCGAGAACAGUCACCAAAAGAGCUUGGAAAGCGUAGUAGGUUAUGGUUUCAUGAAGAUGUGCUCAAUGUAUUAUCAAAGCAUACUGGUACAGAAGUGGUUGAGGGGCUAGCUUUGAAUUUGUCACAAACCGAUAAAUAUCGUUUUUCUACCGAAGCAUUUAAGAAGAUGAAGACCCUCCGAUUGCUCCGCCUUGAUAAUGUGAAACUUCAUGGAGACUAUAAAUACAUUAGUAGAGAUGUCAGAUGGCUUUCUUGGCGUGGCUUUCCUUUGAAAUACAUCCCUGCCAACCUUUAUCAGAAAAAUUUAGUUGCUAUUGAGUUAAAGUACAGUAGCCUUAGGCAAGUCUGGAGAGAGCCCCAGUUAUUGGAGAGGCUAAAGAUCCUCAAUUGUAGUCACUCCCCUUUCUUGAUGCAGACUCCUGAUUUCUCCAAACUACCAAAUCUUGAAAAGUUGAUACUUAAAAAUUGUCCAAAUUUGGCCAUGGUUCAUCCUACCGUCGGGCAUGCCAAUAAACUCCUUUUAAUUAACUUGAAGGAUUGUACUAGCCUUCACACUCUCCCAAAAAGUAUUUAUAGUUUGAAAUCACUAAAAACACUUAUUCUGUCUAGUUGUGCAAGCAUUGAAAGGUUAGAAGAAGAUAUAGAGCAAAUGGAUUCCUUGACAACUCUGAUUGCUGAUGACACCGCUAUAACACAAGUGCCCUUUUCUUUAGUGAGGUUAAAAAGUGUUGGAUAUGUAUCUCUUUGUGGUUUCAGGGGAUUAUCACGUGAUGUGUUUCCUUCUCUCAUUUGGUCGAGGAUGUCCCCAACAAAUAAUCCUUUAUCUCUUAUUCCAUCAUAUGUGGGCAUGCCAAUUUCCUCGGAUAUAUUGAAUGGCAAUAUCCCUGGUCUUUCAUCUGUGUGUAAUAACCCUGAAAAGCUACGAAGCCUUUUGUUGGGAAUCAGAUCAGAGAAUGACCCUGAAGUAAUUCGAGGUGCUGCAAAAAUUUGUGAGUCGUUUCAUGCCAGAAUUUGCAUGGACAUGACAACAAUACCAAAUACUUCAAAAAUCUUUGAGGUUGAAUCUUCGUUGUUAACUGGUCAUCAUAGUCAGGUUCACAUCUCAAGAUCAGAAAACUGUUUGAAGCAUCUUCUAAUUCAAAUUGGAAAGAAUGACCAAGUCACUGCUACUCUUCUGGAGAUUAUCUCACAGGGAUUGACUCCCAGGAAUUAUGGUGAUGGUUGUGUCCUUCCUGGUGACAAUUAUCCCUAUUGGCAAAGUUUCAAGGGUGAUUUGGGUAGCAAGGCAUGUGAAUCUUGUGUUAGUGUAGUGAUCAUAAAUUAUACAAAGAAAACCACUCUGCACUACAGGCAAGAGUCACUGACUUCAUUUGAAGAAGCAGAGUUGAAGGAAAUAAUGUCAAAUAUUGACUCAGAUGAUGAGAUGGAGGUAAUUGUAGCUUUUGGUAAUGGGUUCACUAUGAAAAGGACAGCAGUUUACUUGAAAUAUUACGAGUCAUUUGAUGAACAGAUGGAGCAUCCCACAUAACCAGGCCGAGAAAUUGAUGAGAAGCCCAUGCGGACUUAUGUUAGAAGGAGGAAGCGACAGAAGAUUAAUUAGUAUUUCCUUGGUUUUUUUUUCUUUUCAAAUUCCUUAUUUUGCUAUUGCAUAAUUUGAAUUAUUGUUUCAGAGAUUCUAAUAGUCAAAUAAAUAUCUAUAUUGCUAUUAAGAGGAUCCCAACAUCCAAUUUGUUAUGAUUUAGCUGUUGGAGUCAGUCCCCAGAUUUUAAGAACUAUUUCUGGAUUUUAUUUAAUUAUUUUAAUGUAAUUUCAGUCUAUAAGUAGAUUAGCCACCAUAUCGCUCGUGUAAUGACAACUCAUUUUUAUCCCUUA